AUGCCGAUGCCCGCGCAGACGAUGCUGGACCCGACGCUGCAGGCGAGGGCCCUGGGGCAGACGCUGUGCUACGCGCGCUCCACCAUGGACCAGGAGGGCCUGCACUUCCGCCAGUUCGACCCGUCGCCGCCGCUGCCGCCCCCGCCGCCGCCGACGGACGCGCCGAAGAUGCCCAACUCAGAGCAGAGGAUUCCAAAGCCGCAGCUUCGUGGAUUGCUCAAUUCUGCAAUUAAAAGGAACUUGUUAGUGGCAAUUGUUCUUACCAUCAUUUCGGGAGUCACCUGGAAAAUAGGAGUUUGUGACGCUCGCAUGAAGCGAUACGCGGACUUCUACAGGACAUAUGAUGCAGAAGCAGACUUCCAGAGAAUGAAAAAUGCUGGUGUCUUUACUAGCUGUGGUCCAAAUGAUGAUUGAAUAUUAUAGAACAAAU